GCGGAAGCGGUGCGGCGGAAGGGGCGGGCGCGCUGGGCCCGCGGCGGAAAAGGCGCUGCUGCGCUUCCCUUCGGUGCCUCAGGAGAAGGCUGCGGCGCUCGGCGGCCCCGCCAUGGAGGAGAGCAGCGGUGUCCGCCCGUCGGCCGAGUGCCUGGACGAGCCGCCCAACAGCCGCGUCUUCGUGGUGCUGGGCAAGGACACCGGCGAGGCGCUGAUCCGGGAGCGCUUCUCGCCCUUCGGGGACAUCCAGAACAUCUGGCUCCUGCGGGACAGGCGCACCAACGAGUCCCGCGGCAUCGCCUUCAUCAAGUUCGCCCGCAGCUCGCAGGCCUGCCGGGCCAUGGAGGAGAUGCACGGCCGCAGCCUGCUCCCCGACAGCAAGCCCAUCAAGGUAUUUAUUGCGCAGUCAAGAGCUUCUGGAAGCCACCGAGAUCUUGAAGAUGAGGAGCUUACACGAAUCUUUGUUAUGAUACCAAAAACCUACACGGAGGAGGAUCUGCGGGAGAAGUUUAAGAUGUAUGGAGACAUUGAAUAUUGCAGCAUUAUUAAAAACAAGACUACUGGAGAAAGUAAAGGUUUGGGCUAUGUCAGGUACCUGAAACCAUCACAAGCUGCCCUAGCAAUUGAAGAGUGUGAUCGAAGCUACAGGGCCAUUUUGGCUGAACCUAAAAAUAAGUCAUCUGAGUCUUUUGAACACGAUUAUUACAGUAAUGUCAUGAGACCAGAACUAAGAGGAAAUACGCUUCCAUUUUGUAUGCAGCCAGAAUUUUGUGGCUUUGAAAAAGCUGAGACCCGAAUUCAAGAGCCGGUCUCCAAGCGCCUGUCGGUGGUGUCUCGGCUCCCCUUUAUCCAAGAGCAGCUCUUCGCCCUCUUCGAUUUAGUUCCAGGUCUGGAAUAUUGUGAUGUUCAGAGAGACCCUCAUACCAAUAGUGGGUACGCUGUGAUUCAGUACAGCACUGCUGCCUCAGCUAUAUAUGCCAAGUACAAACUCCACGGGUUUGAGUAUCCUCCUGGAAAUCGACUAACUGUCAUUUUCCUAGAAGAUGGGAAUGACAGCUCAGACCUUAUCAGGAAGAUGGCAGCGCAGCUGGUGACGGCGCAGGUGUCGUCGGCGCUGCGCGGCAGCAGCGCCAUGGUUCAGCAGUACAGGACGCCUCCUCAAGCAUUUGGAGGAGCUUCUGCCCCACAGUUGCUGCAGCCCCAAACAGAUGCCAUACUUCCACCACCCAAAAAAAAAGUUCCACCUGACACUGCUGUGAAAGAAAGGCUUUUCAUACUUUUUCAUCCCCAUCCUUUACCUGUAAAUGUACUGGAGGAUGUGUUCUGUCGUUUUGGACAGUUGAUAAGUGUUUAUCUUGUGACUGGAAAAAAUGUGGCCUAUGCAAAAUUUGCAGACAGAGCAAGUGCCAGCGAGGCCAUAACUGCAUUGCAUGGCAAGAUUGUGAAUGGUGUGAGGCUGAAAGUGAGGUUGGCAGACUCACCCUCGGAGGAGCCCAACAAGCGCCAGAGAACUUACUGAGCAGGUGAGUACCCAGCCUGAGCCCUUACUUACCCUGGAGUCAGCUACCUGAAAUAGUGACAGGUAAAGAUUUGAAGUUAGAUAAUACAAACGUAGAAUGAUAAACUGUAAACCUAUUCUUAACUAGCAAACUGAAAUAGAAUUUUUGAUAUGUCUGCGUGUGUAUACACAUAUAAGGUUGUGUUCGAGGGUGCCAGGAUGAGUGAGGAGAGAAGAAUCUUGGCUCCAUGCUUCAGAAGGCUGUUCUUUUAUAUUAUGAUAUAUAUUAUAUUAAAAUGCUAUACUAAAACUAUACAAAAAAGAAUACAAAGAAAAGAUUUAUCAGGAGGCUAAAAGGACAGGAGAGGAAUGAUAACAAACAGCUCGUGACUCUCAGAGAGUCUGAGCCAGCUGCAUCUGUGAUUGGCCAUUAAUUAGAAACAGCCAACAUGCACCAAUCACAGAUGCACCCGUUGCAUUCCACAACAGCAGAUAGUUAUUGUUUACAUUUCUUUCCUGAGGCUCCUUAGAUUCUCAGGAGAAAAUCCUGGCAAAAGGAUUUUUCAGAAAAUAUCAUGGCUACACACAUACAUACAUACAUAUAUCUAUGGGUGUGUGUGCACUUAUAUAUAUACGCACGUGCACUUUAUUUUAUAAAAAGCAAUUUUGAUAAUCCUUGAAAAAAAAAUGAACCAGUUGAUAAAAAUCAAUCUGGAUGUUCAUAGAAGUAUCACUUUUGUACUUGGGAGAAUCAGUUGACAUUGAAAAGACUAUGCAAAAAUAAACAAUGAAACAGAUGUAAGCUUGUGUGUGUCUUUUUUUCAUUACUGUCAUAUGCCCUCAGUGGCAUUGGUUAAAGAUAAAAAGUUGAGCCCUUGAAGGGCAGAGGAGUGACAGGGUAAAUAAAAAAAGGAUGGGGGGGGUACAGGUAAGAUUGUCAGGUGGAACCAAAGGUUUGGGAUAUUUGGGUCAUCUCUGUUCUCAGAAAUCAGGUGUAGCUGAAAAAUGUGGUAGAGGAGAAAAUGAAGCAGAGCCUGUGGUGAAGGAAUUGCGAUAGGUGUUUGAGAUAAUUAGUUUGAGAACUUUAUUAUUUUAUGUUUAUGGCCUGUGAAAGCUGGCUAAACUCCUAGAGAUGUUUUAUAUCUUAAUGCCUUCAGGGACCAAAAUUCAAUUGUUCUUUUAAACAUUGCUUUGCUUCAAAUUAUAUUGACUUCCAUCACAUUUUUGAAUGAUUUUUAUUUUUUACGCAUUAGGACUAUUGCCAUAGGAGAACACAGUUGGGGGAGAAAAGCCUAAGCCCUUUUUUCUACAAAAUAACUCUCAAAUAUUACUAUAGCUUUCAGAUAUUUCCAGUACCAUACUGCCUUCCUAAGGAAUAUGAAGUUUUGAUUUAACUAAUUCAGAAAAUAUCACUACUGUCUUUGCAUCAGUAUUUUCCCUUUAAGUACCUUUCUUUGUAUAGAUGUUAUGACCCCAGAGUUGCAAAGACCAAAAAAAGCUUUUGCCCAAAGUGUUCUUUUUCUCCUUUUCUUCUAAGAACCUCCAUGUUGCUUUUUUGAUAAGCAGCAGAGACUAAACGUGGCCUUAGUUUUUAUACACAACUUUUGUUUUAAUAAGUUGGAUUUCUGCGCAUUCUUUUUCUGCGUGGAAUUAUAGCUAAAACUAAAUUGAAACUUUUUUAAUCGUCAUCUGUGGUGAAUGCAAUUUUAAAUAACUUGUGCCCAUGCUCUUACCUUUGUACAGCUUUCAGCAAUAAAAGCCCAGCCUCUCUGUCACUACAGUUAUUCUCUACGGGAAUAACUAUGAUGUGAAGGGUAAUAUAAUACAGGUCUGCCUUGUGUACUUUUUACUGGAAAAGUGUAAAUACAACAUGCAUCCAAAAUUAGAAAAAUUAUUUAUCCCCAUUUUUUCAUACACCAGGUUCUUGAUUCCAAGUUUCCUAGCAGGUUGUCUUGGCAUCUCUCUCUUUUUAGGAUAGACAGACAGACAGAAUCACUUGUUCAUUUGUCCUUUAGCUGGUUUCUCAAAUUCAAAUGAAGUGGUACCUGAAAGGCAAGAUUGCCUUUCAAAAGGGCUUGACCAUUUAAGUGAUUUUCCCCUGUCUGGCUUUGUGCUGGACUGACUGACAAGCUUUGCAGUAAUUUGGAGGCUUAUAUUUUGCUUUUAAUGAACGUGUUAAAUUGUGCAUGUGUAAAGAGAUGCAAUUCUCCCUACCUCUGAAAUAGUUGAGGGUUUUUUUUAAGAUGUGAGAAUACUUACUUUUUUCAUUUUGAAUUUUAACUGUAGGAAAUAACCUUCCUAGCUAAAACUUCUGUGAGUUUUCACUUAAGGAAAUAAUUGCUUCUUAAAAAAAAAUCCUUUCUAAAGUCCUGUUGUACUGCUUGCCUUUCAUCUCUAACAAAGUGACUGGAUUUCUAAAAUACUCUUUUCUAUACAAGGUUUUCUGAUGAAAAUUCAUUAUAAUAUCUGUGAAUUCUAGACUCUAUGAAAAUAAAUGUCAUUCAAUUUCAUAAUUAAGUAACAUAUUUAUUUUUUUAACACAUUUGAAGUUUUGCCCCAACACCUUCUUAUGCAAACAGCCGUUUUUAAAAUACAGUUUGCAAAACUGUUUUUUAAAGAAGGUUAUAUGGUAACAGUAUGCUACUCAUAGUGCUUAUGCAAUGCAAACUUCUGACUAUAAGAACUUUCUGUUACCUUGCAAUAAACUUUGUUUAUCAGGCAAGUUUGAAUACGCAUCUAUUAAUAUUUUGAACUAAUCCACUAAUGAAUUUUACAGUCUCUGGUUCUCCCACAAGUCAAUGAAAAUUAAUUUGUUUAUGUGAAUAGUUAAAAGUAGCAGAGAAAAGAUGGAAAUACAGAUCAGUAGGGUUCUCUUCACCACUUUUAAGUUCUAAUGUAAGUUUCUUAGGGGUUUCUUUUAUGCUAAACAAGUAUUUAUGGCUGAAAUAAUCACUUCAAACUUAUCUUGCUUUAAAUCAGUGUAGGCUUGAGAAGGCAACUGCAGUGUCUACUUCUAGGCAGUUGCUAAAAGCAGACCUGACUUAAAAGUCUUGCUGUUGACCAGGUUGUGCUCUCAGCUCAGGGCUUUGUGUUAGCUGGAGUAUUUUGUGGAAAGCUCACUGCAGUGUCUGAUACCAGUUACACACAGUGUGACAUUCGAAAAUAGAAGAGGAAGGGAAGAAUUUGCUGUCAGAAGAAGUCAUUGUGGCAUUCCAAUUAAUCUCUUAAUUGCUACCUAGUAGUUCUAUUCAAAUACCAUCCCCACCCUUGGAAACCCUCCCAAACUACUAAGCAAGAGACCCACAAGCAAACAAAAACCCCAAACCCACCCAAAAUGUCUGUCAUAAAGCUUUCAAAUAGUCCUUGAAAGCAGAGUUUCUAACCAGCUUUGUGUUAGAAGUGCCAGACACAGCUAUGUGGAGCUAACUUCUGUGGCUUUUGAUAUUCAUUACUGAUUGACUUCAACCCACAGCAAAUAGAUUAAUUGCAUUUUUCCCCUUCUGAAAAAACUUGGGUGUUUUUAAUAAUUAUUUAGUUACUAAGUUGAAAAAAAUAAUUUAUUCUGUCAUAAAAUACUUGGUUAUUUUUGUCUUUGGUUAUUCUUGUCUGGAAGAAGUGCUGCAUCACUGAUUUCAUUUGCAUUCAUUUUUUGACUUAAACCUUUCUUGAAAUCCUGAUAUUAGUAUGUAUAUAUUUUAAUGAUUUACUGCUCUACAAAAAUGUUUUUAAAAGGUAGUUGUAUCAUAGUUGUGAUAUACAUUAAAAAAAUAGCUGUCUUUUGUAUACUGCAGAAAAAUACUGGCUUUUAUACACAGCUUAGAGAAAUAGAUGCUUCUUUAAAAGUUAGAGAGGCAUGCUUAAAACUUUAGUAUUAUUCUUCUAAAGAUGAAUACCUUAUUUAUAUGCUGUUGUAAUGAUUAUAUUUUAUAAUAUGUACUUUGAAAUAAAAAUAGGUAUGUUGCUUUUGA